GCCCGAUACUGGAAAUCAAACGUAACACGAAUACAACCCAUCCACAACCCGCAACCAACGGUACCAACGUGGCGGUCCGUAUGGACAAAUGGUUCGGGGAGAAACGGUUGUGGUUGUUUGGUAAUCAUUUACCGCUACUACCACGCAGCAAUCUACCCUUCCGAUGGACAUCCGGCGAGUCAAAAGCAGAAGGAGUUAUCAAAGCCAUACAGGAAAGCAUGUUCGUCCUGUCGACACUCUUUUCCAGAUCGCGCGGCAGCAGUAGAAUGGAUCGGUACGAAAAGCUCAGCCGGCUGGGCGAAGGUUCGUACGGGGUGGUGUACAAAUGUCGCGACCGGGAGACGGGUUCGCUCGUUGCGGUCAAACGCUUCGUCGAGUCGGAGGAUGAUCCGGCCAUACGCAAGAUAGCGCUACGCGAGAUACGCCUGCUGAAGAACCUGAAGCAUCCAAACCUGGUGUGCCUGCUGGAGGUGUUUCGGCGAAAGCGCCGACUGCAUUUGGUGUUUGAGUUUUGCGAGCACACGGUUCUGCACGAACUAGAGCGACAUCCGGAGGGUUGUCCCGAUAAUCUAACAAAGCAGAUUACGUACCAAACGAUACAGGGCGUCGCCUACUGUCACAAACAGGGCUGUCUUCAUCGGGACAUCAAGCCGGAAAAUAUUCUGCUCACCGCUCAGGGACAGGUGAAGCUGUGUGAUUUUGGUUUCGCACGAAUGCUUAGUCCCGGUGAAAAUUAUACAGACUAUGUAGCAACCCGAUGGUACAGAGCACCGGAACUGCUGGUCGGAGACACACAGUACGGUACACCGGUGGAUGUGUGGGCUAUCGGGUGUGUGUUUGCGGAGCUGGUACGCGGUGAUGCCCUCUGGCCUGGGCGCAGUGAUGUCGAUCAGCUCUAUCUGAUUCGACGCACCCUUGGCGAUCUUCUACCUCGGCAUCUGGCCAUUUUCAAUCAAAAUGAAUUCUUUAAGGGUAUAACGCUUCCAGUGCCACCGACACUGGAAACACUCGAAGCCAAGAUGCCAUCACGUACCUUAGCAAAUCCGUUGAUGAUGGAUUUUCUGAAGAAAUGUUUGGACAAAGAUCCAGCCAAACGCUGGUCCUGCGAGCGAUUGGCGACGCAUCAGUACUUCGAGGACUACAUCACCAAACAGAAGGAGAUCGAGCAGACGAUUACGCUCGAACAGAAGCAGACGGGCAACCGGGAGCUCAAGCCGAAAACUUCAAACACUUCGCUCCCGCAGCUACCUGGCACCCAGGAGUCACGUGUACCGCAGAAGAAUCUUUUCCUACGGUCCGACCACCAUUUGCCAACCAUAUAA